GCCCCCUUGCUCACUCACUCGCUUGCGUGCUUGCUCCUGGAACCACGAAGUCUCACACUCCAUUAUUACGGCCAUCCGGGGCACAGUUCAUCAGAGUUUUUUAGUCCACAGAGCCAUCCGUCCACUCAGCAAGCAAGAAAGAUCCCACCGUUCCACACCAGCAGCCAGACUUUCAUGGCUGCUCUGAUUCAUCACCGCAACCGCGUCUCCUCUCGCGCGCAAGCUUUUGCGUCUUUUCUCUAGUUCGUUGUGUAUAUAGUCAAGGCUGCGUUUACUCUUCAACCUUCUCUCCGUCUCCCCCACGUUUCGGUACCCUGUCCUCUCACAUAACCCACGUCUAGACUUGCAGGAUUGGUCGUUGGAUGGUUUUGGACUGCGCCCCAGCUGGGCGGUUUCGUUGUGCGAGAGGAGAUCGGUUGCUGUGAGAGGCGAAUGCUCGCCGGCUGGGUUGGUCUGAGACCAUGCAGGGAUGGAUUGAGUGGUCGCGUGAGUUUGAAUGUAGUUCCAGAAAGGAGUUGGUCGUGAAUGGAGAAGCGACACAAGUUUCUGGAAGGUGAGAUCCAGGUGUAGCGGGGAUUCCAGAAGGCGCAGCAUGGUUUAGGUUUGCAGUUCAAUCUUGCGUUUCUCACGUGCGGUAUAUGGAUUAUUUCGCGGAUUGAAGCUGCGGAUUGGUGGAGCUCCAGAACCUAGGAUUGCAGGUUCCUGCGACAAUACGCUGGAUUGACUUCCAGUGGGGCAAGGUAUUUUGUGAUUGGAAGUUGCUAAAUGGCCUGCCAGGCGGAGAGCAAGUCUGUGCCUACGAGUACCUACGAUAGGCACGGCGGCAUGUACGCCGGGAAGCUUUCGGGUAACGGAAAAAUCGACCGAUUUCAGGGAUGGUCACGGUUCAAUGCCAGUACCCUGAAUGAUGCACGCACCGGAAGCUUCUCCACUGGCAAGGAGGACGACCUCAACUACAAAAAUCUUUACAAUCUUGCGGGUGAGAAUCUUUCCGGGACCCGGAAAACAGAAACUCAGUUGCGAGAAAUGUUGAAGAAGAGCAGCAGCGGCUCCAAAGUUGCUAGCUCCCUUCCUUCCAGAGCCCCAAUUCUGCAUUCGGAGAACAACAAGGGAAAUCCCCAAUCUACAAAACCUGAAUCUGCGAAAUCACUUCCACGGGGUGAUAACUCCGACGCCGCGAGAGUAGGAAAUGUGGAAGCCAGCAGCGCUCCACGCGCUCGUCAUGCCCGAAGCUCAUCCUUUGCGCCACCUCAUGGCGGCUACUCUGCCAAACCACCAAGCCACACAUCGUCAACAUCUCCUCUGACCGCACAUUCUGCUCCCAAGAGUCCACCUGCAGACUCUUUCAGACAGGUUCCGGAAGUUGCAGAUGCGGCUGUCAGACGUCACAGCACCGAGGGCGUCAGGUUUCAUCGACGGGGAAGCUCCGACAUGCCUGCACUUCAAGGGGAGGCAGCUGAUUUUUUCAGCUCCGAUAGUGCCCUCAAAUUGGGGCCUGAGAUGAGACGACACUCUCUCGGUAAUGUAUCUUUCAAAGGCGGUUCUUCUGGGAUGAAGAUGAAGAUGGCCGCCAGUCCCGAGAAUGGCAGCACAAGCUCCCGUGGGAGCUCUAUAGCUGGUAGUCCCACUGUUGCCCGCACAAGCAGCUCCGAGAAUUUGUACGCCAGUGGUGGCUCUGCUCCUUGCAGUAGCUCAGCAUCUAGCGGCAUCUCACAUCACUCACAGAGUACAAGUUGCAACGUUGGCAAUUUAUUUGGUGCCACCUCCAGUGGCUCGUACACAGGUGGAGGCCUAAACACAGUGACGCCACGGUUGUCCUCAUGCAAGACAACGAUUCCAGUAGUUGCGCCACCGGCGCCUGCUUCCAAUGGCAGGAUGAUGUUUGGAGGAGGCUCCAUAAGUGGCAAUAUUAGCAGAGGAGUACUUAGAGCCCAAUGCGACCCCCCACGAGUUUCCUCCGACGCGUUCAUUGGCUCAAGAGGCAACGGCCACAAACUUGGAGAUGGUUUGGACAUUAAAAAAAUUCUUUCUAGCGGCGAUCCAGAAGAAGUUAAGAGAGUUGGCAACGAGCAAUAUAAGAAAGGAAACUUUCAGGUGGCGCUUACUUUGUACGACAGGGCGGUGCAGUUGGCGCCACACAAGGCUCCGUAUCGAAGCAAUCGCGCUGCAGCGUUGACAGGGCUGGGCAAGCUUCCGGAAUCUGUGAGGGAAUGUGAGGAAGCGAUCAAACUUGAUCCUUCUUACUCCAGAGCUCAUCAGAGGCUUUCCUCGUUGCUCUUGAGGUUGGGACGCAUUCAGGGCGCGAAGAAGCACGCGGAAUUAGCUGGUCAAGUGAGUGACGGGACGGGGCUCCAACGGAUUGAAAAAGUGGAGAAGCAUGUGACGAAGUGUUUUGAGGCUAGGAAGGCGGGCGACUGGGAGACAGUCGUGAGGGAGAGUGAUGCUGCUGUCAUUGCCGGAGCUGAUUCAGCGCCUCAGAUGUUUUCUUUGAAAGCGGAGGCAUUCCUGAAGCAGCAGAAACACGAUGAGGCAGACGCAAUUCUUUUAGCUGCUCAGAAAAUAGAGGAUUCUUUGCGCAAGUUCACCAGCUUGCCAGCUGACAUCACCACGCUUCUUACGCAAGUGCAAGUCGACAUGGCUCUUGACAGAUUUGAAGCGGCAGUAAUUGCAGCAGAGAAGGCAGCUUCCCAUUACCCCAAGAACGCCGACGUGGGGCUUAUGUUGAGACAAGCCCGUGCGGUAGCGAAUGCACGAAUCUUGGGGAAUGACCUGUACAAAGCAGGAAAGAUACUCGAGGCCUCGGUUGCGUACAGCGAAGGGCUUCAGUACAAUCCAAGCAAUGCCGUUUUGUUAUGCAAUCGGGCGGCCUGCAGGAUCAAGCUGGGUCACUACGAGAAGGCUGUGGAGGACUGCACGUCUGCGUUAGAAGCCCAACCCAAUUACCUUAAAGCACUUCUGCGGCGAGCGAAAUGUUUUGCUAAGAUGGAAAGAUGGGAUAAGGCAACGAGGGAUUAUGAGACACUUAAGAAGGAAAUGCCCGGAGAUCUGGAAAUUGCUAAUGAGUUGUAUGAAGUGCAAGUUGCACACAAGAAGGCCAAGGGUGAAAAGGUGAUCAUGUCCAAAAACGGUGGUGAAGUUGAGGAAAUUUCCAGCAGUGAUCGAUUGAGAGAGGUCAUCUCACAACCAGGUGUUUCGGUGGUUCAGUAUAACACAAAAUGGAGCGACAAGUGUAGGCAAAUGGCAGCUUAUGUAGAUCAGCUGUGCAAGUUGCAUCCUUCCGUCAACUUUUUGAAGGUGGACGUAGAAGACCAUCCCUAUCUCGCCAAGGCUGAGGGAGUGAGUUUCGUCCCUACUUUCAAAAUCUACAAGAACGGAUUCAAAGUGAAGGACAUCAUUGGACCUACGAAUCAAGCGCUGGAGACGGCCGUCACCCAUUUUAGCCUAUAAUCUGCAACGGUGAACUGAUUCAUUCUCUCUAUCAACAGCAACAAAUAAAUCUAAAGAAUUCGAGGUACUACUACUACCGCACGCUGAUCAAUCUAUCAAUCUCAGAACCGACUAGAGCAACCUCACGUAAAUAGGAACCAACCCAUUCGUUGAGGGGUGAACCACUUAAUUGUGCACAAAUUGAGCAAAUGAGCUCUACCUCUUUCGUGGCCUACAUACCCUCCCGCAAUUUUCCUUGCAAGGUACUGAAUCUUAUUCUAAAGAGGAUCCCUACGCCACUUUACUUAAACGGGUGGUGCAGCAUAUAAGACCUUACGUAGAAGAAAAUUGAGUUUAUAGUAGGCAGAAAAUUUAUAUUUUGCCUCGUGUAUAGAUGAGACUUUUGCGACCAGUGUGAUUCUGUAUCGAGAAAGUACAAAAAAAGCCUUUCCAGUUUCGUACCCAAUCUGGCAUUGAUCUCCAGGAACACCAUCGCCAGAAAGCUUCUAUGUCGAGGAACACAGGCCAGGCUGUUGCUCAUGCUACACUGCCUACCACCCUUUUCCCUAAAUGGACAUUGUAUAUAAAUUAUUUGGGAGAUCUGCGGAGCACAAACCCCUGCACCCUCGUUGAUCUCAGUCCCUGGCUUUAUACGCCUCCUUUCAAAUUGAGAGCAUGUUUUGUUCCUCAGCGAGAAUCAUCACUACAUUGGUGUAGCUCAGUUAUGCUUCUAUUUGAAAGCAGACUUAUGUUUUGAGAUUCUCUCUACAAAUUAGACUACAUCUUAUUUGUCUUCAAA